AACAUGAAGUGCCUUGGGAUCCUUGGGCUGGUGGCCUUCUCAGAGUGCCUAGUAAUAAUCCCCUUAAUGAAUAUCAAGACCUUGCAAGAACCCCCCAGGGAGAAAAACCUGCUGACACAUUUCCUGGAGGAAAACACAGAUGUACGGUCCCAGAAUGCCACUGAUGACCCCACAUUUUCCCUUCAUCCACUGAGGAGCAUCCGAGGUCUGGUCUACUUUGGAAACAUUACCAUUGGAACACCACCUCAGGAGUUCAGGGUCAUCUUUGACACCGGCUCAUCAGACUUGUGGGUGCCCUCCAUCUACUGUUCCAGUCCCACCUGCCGUGCAAAGAAGCUCUUCAACCCUUACUUGUCCACCACCUUCCAGCGCACAUGCAAAGUCUUCGAAUUCAAAUAUGGCUCUGGGACGAUUAUUGGAUCUCUUGGCUAUGACACCGUUGGGAUCGGGAACCUUGUCAACCUGGGCCAGGCAUUUGGCCUGAGCGAGAGACAGAUUGGGCUCGAUGAUGCACCCUUUGAUGGCAUCCUGGGCCUGGCUUACCCCAGCCUCGCCUUUAAAGGGACCACCCCCGUCUUUGACAACAUGAAGAUACAAGGCAUCAUUUCUAAGCCUAUCUUUGCCUUCUACUUGAGCAACCAGAAGGAGAAUGGCAGUGUGGUGAUGUUUGGAGGUGUGGACCACAGCUACCACAGAGGACAGCUCAAUUGGAUACCAGUGUCCCAACCCCACUUCUGGCAGAUAACCAUGAGCCGCAUUACCAUGGAUGGAGUGGCUGUUAGUUGUUUCAAUGGCUGCCAGGCCAUUCUGGAUACUGGGACCACAUUGCUGCUUGGCCCAGCUAGACCUGUCACCACCAUCCACAAUCUCAUCAAUGCCACACCUUCAGAUCGAGAGUACGAGGUUCCAUGUAGCUCCAUCACUCAACUGCCUACCUUCACUCUCAACAUCAGUGGCAAUGAAUAUCCAGUGCCUGCUCAGGCCUACAUUCGGAAGAAUCGCAAGGGCCGCUGCCUCAGCACAUUUCGAGGGGACAUGGGCUAUUCAAAGAAGCCAGAGUUCUGGAUCCUGGGCCAACACUGGGGCUCACCUGGAAGUACCAGGCUAGAUGUUGUGAUAGGGUUCCUGAAAGAAGCAGAACCACUGGGGAACAAGGACCCCAUUGUCAGAGGAGAAGGCACUCUCCUCCUGAACUCUGGGUCCGUGGUGACUCAGCCCAACAUUGACCAGGCAGCAGGUGCAAAGAAGCUCUUCAACCCUCACUUGUCCAAAACCUUCCAGUGUACAAGCCGGCUCUUCAACCUCAAAUACCGCAGUGGGAUGAUUGUUGGAUCUCUUGGCUAUGACAUCAUACGGAAUUUCCAUGAAUGGAAUGGCUAUAAGAUGUUUCAAUGGCUGCCAGACCGUUCUGGAUACCAGUAUAUCAUUGCUGUUCACCCAACUACACUGGUCACCACCAUCCAGAAAAUCAUCAAGGCCAUAACUUUUGGUUGA